CCAUUUAUAAUUACACACUAUGCAUUUCUGUCUUUUUCCAAUUACCAAGUACUGCUGGGAUGUAAUUAUACAGAUUUCAGUUUGAAGUUUUGGCCAAGCUAGGAAAUUUUGAUACCUACCAAAGCAAAGAGAAGAUGGAGAAGCAAGAAAAUCGUAGGGUUCAGCGUUUGGUUCUGGUAUUAUUUCCAUUACAAGGCCAUACCACUCCAAUGCUUCAGCUUGGAAGUGUUCUCUAUUCCAGGGGCUUUGCCAUUACAAUAGCACACACUCGAUUCAACCCUCCUGAUCCUAUUAACCAUCCCCAAUUCGACUUUCUAGUUUCAGGUACACCUAAUAUUGAAGACGUAGAGAGUAUAAACCUCAACUGCCAAGCACCACUGCAGGAGUUAGAACUCCAGAAACAGACGGCAUAUAGUCAGGUUGCUGGUGUUAUACAUGAUUCCCUUAUGUACUUUGCAGCAACUGUUGCUAAUGAUAAUAAGAUUCCAAGCCUUGUCCUGAGAACAAGCAGUGCUGCUUUCGUCCAAGCAUACGCCGCACUGCCUCACCUCCUAGCAGAAGGUUCUUUUCUUUUUCAAGAUUCUAUGUCGUAUGAGCAAGUCCCUCAGCUAAAUCCCCUCAGGUUUAAGGAUCUACCAGUAUCCAGAGAAAACAUGGCAUUGACACUAGAGCUUAUCGAUAUUGUAAGCAAAUAUAAAAGAUCUUCAGUCAUGAUUAUUAACACCACAGAUUGCCUCGAGCAUUUACCUUUGCUCCAGCUCCAGCAGCUUUUUCAAGUUCCUUUAUUUGGAAUAGGCCCCCUGUCCAAAGUGGCAUCAGCUUCCUCCACCAGUUUUCUGGAGGAGGAAUCCAGCUGCAUUGCAUGGCUGAAUAAUCAAACUCUGAAAUCUGUUCUUUAUGUAAGCAAAGGGAGUCUAGCAAUGAGUGAUGAGAAAGAACUGACGGAGAUAGCCUGGGGACUGGCGAACAGUGAUCAACCAUUUUUAUGGGUGGUUCGACCUGGAUCAGUUAGUAGCUCGGACUGGACUGAACUACUGCCACAAGGUUUUAGAGAACAUGUUGGAGAAAGAGGCCUGAUCGUAAAGUGGGCUCCACAAAAGGAGGUACUAGCACACUUUGCAGUGGGAGGGUUUUGGACCCAUUGUGGCUGGAAUUCAGUCAUGGAAAGUCUUUCUGAAGGGGUGCCUAUGAUAAGCUGUCCACAGUUUUUCGACCAGAAGGUAAAUUCAAGGUACAUUACGUACAUCUGGAAAGUUGGCAUCGAAUUGGAUGGUGAACUGGAGAGAGGGGAUAUAGAGAGGUCCAUAAGAAAAUUAAUGGGAGGUAGAGAAGGGGUUGAGAUAAGGCAGAGAGCCAUUGAAUUGAAGCAAAUGAUUGAUGUUUCUAUACUUGAGGGCGGUUCUACCUACAAUGCACUGAAUGACUUGACAGAGUUCCUCUUGACUAAUAAGAUUCCACCAAAUUAAAUGGUAUUGAGGAUUAUUUCUAGGGAAGAGGAAGCGGGUUGUGAUUUAAACAUUUCAUUACACGUUCUAAACCUGUUUUUCCUUCUCAUCAAUCUCCUUGUGUAAUCAAGAACUCAAGAACUCUGACGUCCUACGCCUUAGCCUGAUGUCAUAUAGAGCUUGUUCCCACAGUUCGAACCUAGAAAGCAAGGAGCCACAUAAGUAUCUUCCCAAACAUGAUUUUAUGCUAUUAGUUUCAGUGUAUAAAGAUGAUUGAAUCAGUAAAAUACUGCUAGAUGCUUAAUAUGUGCAUCAUGCAUAGAUAUUGUUGCACUAUCAAACAUGAAUAUUGAAGUCUGAUCGAACAUUAAUCAGUA